AUUCGCAUGAAGUAAUUGUGAUAUACAGACUCGAGCCAGUCAAACACCCUUCAACUCCUGCCUGAAGCGGAUCCCCUCUUCAGAUUUUAAGAUUCUCAAUGCGACUACGCUCACCCUAUUGGUCAUGACUUAAUUGAGGAGGUCAAGACAUAUUGCACGACGAAUACUAGGCAAAAUCUCCUCCCACCCCCGCUGAAGCGCCGCCCUUCUUCCUCUCACAAUGGCCUCCUUAUAUAUACGCACCCUCCUGUCCUCUUCUCGCCCUCGUCUGGCCUCAUCCUUGAGAAGAGCAGCCCAUCCCUCGUAUCGAAUAGUAUCCGUCGCCAAUAUGCAUUCCGCUCCCAAACUCAAGGACCCAUCUCUCCUCAUCUCCCAAGCCUAUAUCAACGGCGAAUUCGUCGACGCCGCCUCCUCAGAGACCUUUGAUGUCGUCGAUCCUGGCUCGGGCAAGAAGAUCGGGUCAUGUGCCGAGCUUAACACAGAGGACACCAACAAGGCCAUCGCCGCAGCAUCAGAUGCAUUUGCUUCCUUUCGCAAGACUCUCCCUCGGGAGAGAGCGACAAUGCUAAGAAAGUGGUAUGACUUGAUGAUGGAAAAUGCUGAUGAUCUGGCCACACUGAUAACCUGGGAGAAUGGGAAGCCGUUCAAUGACGCCAAGGGCGAAGUGGUCUACGCGGCCAACUUUUUCCAAUGGUUCUCGGAAGAAGCGCCUCGAAUAUAUGGAGAUACCAUUGGAGCCACCGUUCCAGGCAACCGAAUAAUGACAUGGAAACAGCCCGUCGGUGUCUGCGGCCUGAUCACGCCUUGGAACUUCCCGGCCGCCAUGAUUACACGAAAGAUCGGCCCAGCCAUCGCGGCAGGGUGUACCGUAGUGGCCAAGUCUCCUGGGGAGACCCCCUAUACAGCCAAUGCCAUUGCCGAAUUGUCCCGCCGAGCGGGUGUCCCUCCGGGUGUUGUGAACGUCGUCACAGCUAUGAAGAACACGGCCGAAGUCGGGUUGGUCAUCACCACCGAUCCACGUGUUAAAAAGGUCUCCUUCACGGGAUCGACGAACGUGGGGAAACUUCUCAUGAAGCAGUCGUCCUCGACGUUGAAGAAGCUGUCGUUCGAACUCGGCGGCAAUGCCCCCUUUAUCGUCUUCGACGACGUGCCCGACCUGGACGCCGCAGUGGCAGGAGCAAUCGCGUGUAAGUUCCGGUCCUCGGGCCAGACAUGCGUGUGCGCGAACCGGAUCUACGUGCAAGAGGGCAUCUACGACGCCUUUGCCCAGAAGUUCACCGAAAAGGUCAAGAACUUCAAGGUCGGGUACGGCUUCGACGACGGCGUGACCCACGGCCCGGUCAUCCACGACCGCGCCGUCGCCAAGGUGGAAUCGCACGUGCAGGACGCGACGAAGAAGGGCGGCAAGAUUCUCUGCGGAGGGAAGAAAUUGCCCGACCUGGGAUCCAACUUUUAUGCCCCGACGGUCAUCGCCGGCGCGACCAACGACAUGGCCUUGGCCCACGAAGAGACGUUUGGCCCCGUGGCCGGGUUGUUCCCCUUCAAGACGGAGAAGGAGGUUGUCGCGCUGGCCAAUGACACCGACGUGGGCUUGGCGGGCUACUUCUACUCCCGUGACAUUGGACGCAUUUACCGCGUGGCCGAGGCGUUGGAGGUGGGCAUGAUCGGCGUCAACACCGGGUUGAUCUCGGAUGGCGCCUCUCCCUUCGGUGGUGUGAAACAGAGCGGAUUCGGAAGGGAAGGCAGCAAAUACGGCGUUGACGAGUAUGUUGUCAUCAAGAGUGUGACUGUCGGUGGAAUCAGCAACGACUUACAGGGUUGAAAGAAAGGGAGAGGUGAAUGCGAUGUGUACACGCACCGAUUGCUGAGCAUGAAUAAGAGGGGCGCGAGACGUUGAUACCUUGGUGCUGUGCCGCAUACCCAAAAUGCGCCGCAUACGGCUUGUACAACAGCAAAAAGGAGCGGGCAAGUCGGAAAAUGUGUCGGGAGGGUUUCCUGUACGCCAUGCAAAAGACGAAAGUGUCAAUGUAAGAAGGUCUCGGUCGAACAGGUGCAACGAUGGGCAAUAUGUAUUAUUGCAGGCUCUCCAUCUGUCUCGCUCCCCUGCGUCGGAUUUCAUUGAAAUUGUCCACUGUCUCUCCCAUCUUUUUGUCAUCUGGGCAUUCAUAUGUCCCUGGUCACUCGGCAGCUCCCUCCUAGAAGUCACAGCCUCGGCUUUGAGCAAGAUGUAGUGUUUGAUGCCCAGCUACGUAGUAUGUCCGCACGUCAAGCAAACAGCCAAGUCGAUCUGUUUUCAAC